CUAUCUAUCUAUCUGUCCACAGACUUAAACUUGAAAUCACGCAUACGGCGACUCACUCGGAGGGGUACGACGAGCAGGCCAGCAAAUCGCAGCAGAGGGUUGCUGAGGGGCAGAAACAACACCAACACAGAGAGUGAGAGAGAGAGUGAGAGAGAGCGAGAGACACAGAGACACACAGAGACAAAGAGCAGAGAGCUCGGAGAGCUGUGUGGCAAGAGAGAGAGCUGCUGCUGCUGUUUGGCAUCAUCUUAUGAUGUCAUCAGAGGAGUACGACGCGGACUGUUUCGGUUUGUACAGCGAUGAGAGCAACGUGCUGCUGAAGGCAGUCGUGGAGCCGCAACCACCACACUCAAGCAGCAACGGACAUACGACACCAACACAGAUACAGACACAGCCGACACAGCAGACACACGCACAGUCACAGAUAAACGGCGACGGCAGCAGCAACACGGCGAAUUCCGGCGAGAGCAAAAGCGCGGCGGAGAAGGAACAGAAAGAGAAGGAACAACUUCAGCAGCCGAACGACUGCGAUUCGGACGACUCGGACGACGUCGUCGUCGUGCUCGAAGGCUGCGAAGGCAGCAGCAGCAACAGCAGCAGCGGAAAAGCCGCCGCCGUCGCCGCCGCCACAGCCACAGCCACGAAGGCAAACAGCAGCACCGCCAGCACUCGGAGCAGUCGCAACCAUCGCAGCCCGCGCAGCAGUCGGCAAAUCAUUCAGUCAUCGGCCGUCGGCAAGACAACAACGUGCGCGGCUAAAAAAUUAUUAGUGCCAGCGACAGCCACCUCGAAGACUUCAAACGCGAGCGUCGUAUCCGUAUCCGUAUCCGGUAGUAGUGCCAGCAAAGUGAAUCGUCGUUCGCGCCACAGAUCCUUGAGCAAAGACAACCAGCAACAGACAACAAGCAACAGCAACAGCAACAGUAACAGCAAUAACAAUAAUAACAAUCAUAAUAGCAACAACGGCGGCACAACGGCAACCGCUGCUGGCUUCAUGAGUAGCGCUGCUGCGGCCGCUGCGGGUGCCGCUGGUGGAGCCCUGUUCCAACCCCAACCGCAGGCCAACAGCACGGCCAACACGAGCCCCACGCUCAGCCUCAAUCCCAGCCACCAGUCCGCUGCAGUGGGCGGUGGGCAACAGUCGCCGGUCGCCAGCAGCAAUUCACCCGGUUCCGGUUCCGGAUCCGUGUCGGGCUCCGGCUCCGGCUCCGCCUCGUCACUGCUGACGGCUGCCUUUGGCAACCUGUUCGGCGGCUCAUCGGCCAAGAUGCUGAACGAGCUCUUUGGCCGGCAAAUGAAACAGGCACAGGACGCGACCAGCGGGUUGCCCCAGAGCCUGGACAACGCCAUGCUGGCCGCCGCCAUGGAGACGGCCACCAGUGCCGAGCUGCUGAGUGCCGCAGGCCUCGUCGGCAGCCUCAAUGCCACCUCCAAUGCCACAUCCAAGCUGCUGCUGCACAACAACAACAGCAUUCCGGGCAGCGGCGGCACGCCGCUGAGCAACGGCCUGAACGCCUCGAUCUCGCCCGGAUCCGCGCACAGUUCGAGCCACUCGCACCAUGCCACCUCCUCGCCCAAGGGCGGCAGCAGUCGUCGGGUGUCGGCCUGCAGCGAUCGCUCCCUGGAUGGGGCGACCUCCGCUGCAGCCUCUGCCGCCGAUGUGGCCGGAGGAUCGCCGCCGCGAGCGGCUUCGGUGAGUUCGCUGAACGGCGGCGCCAGCAGCGGGGACCAGCAGCUGCAGCACGACCUGGUGGCCCAUCACAUGCUGCGCAACAUACUGCAGGGCAAGAAGGAGCUGAUGCAACUCGACCAGGAGCUGCGCACCGCCAUGCAGCAGCAGCAGAUGCAGCAGCAGGAGAAGGAGCAGCAGCAGCAGCAGCAGCUCCACACGAAGCUCAACAACAACAAUAACAACAACAGUGUGGCAGCCACAAACAACAACAACAACAUGGACUGCAUCAACCUGAUCGAGGACACGGAAAUGGCGGACAUCAAGAUCAAGAGCGAGCCCCAAACGGUGCCCCAGCCGCAGCAGUCGCCGCACGGCAGCAGCCACAGCAGUCGCAGCGGAAGUGGCAGCCACAGCAGCAGCCACAGCCUGGCCAGCGAUGGCAGCCUGCGACGCAAGUCCUCGGACUCGAUGGACAGUUCGGGCGCCCGCGAAGAGGCGGAGGCUGAUGGCGAGGACGAGACGCCAGUCGGGGAGAGCAGCGCUGUGGAGGAGCAGCAGCAGAAGCUGCAGCAGCUGGCCACCAAAAAGGAGUCCAUCGAGGACAUGCUGGACGAGGCGGAGCUGCUGGGCAUGCACUCGGCGCGCGGCUCGGACCUGGAGUCGCUGGCCUCGCCCUCGCACUCGGACAUGAUGCUGCUGGACAACAGCAAGGACGAUGUGCUGGACGACGACGAGGACGACGACUGUGUGGAGCAGAAGCGCGACCAGGGCUGCCUCAAGAAGCCCGGCAUGGAGCUGAAGCGCGCCCGCGUCGAGAACAUUGUCUCGGGGAUGCGCUGCAGUCCCUCCUCGAUUGUCCAGGCGGGUCAGCUGCAGGUGAAUGGCUGCAAGAAGCGCAAGCUCUACCAGCCGCAGCAGCACGCCAUGGAGCGCUAUGUGGCGGCCGCCGCCGGCCUCAACUUUGGCCUCAAUCUGCAGAGCAUGAUGCUCGACCAGGACGACAGCGAGCAGUCGAAUGAGCUGGAGUCGCCGCAGAUCCAGCAGAAGCGCGUCGAGAAGAACGCCCUCAAGUCGCAGCUGCGGUCCAUGCAGGAGCAGCUGGCCGAGAUGCAGCAGAAGUACGUGCAGCUGUGCACCCGCAUGGAGCAGGAGUCCGAGUGCCAGGAGCUGGACAACGACCAGGACGCAGAGCAGGACAUAGACCCCGAACAGGAACAGGAGCAGGAACAGGAGCAGGAGCACGAACAGGAACAGGAACAGGAGCCAGAGCAGGACAAUGGCAGCAGUGACAACAUUGAGCUGUCGCCCUCCCCCACGCUCACCGGCGGCGACAUCAGUCCCGCCCACAAGGAAGAGGCUGGCGGACAGGACGGGCGGGCGGGCUCCAGCUCACCGAAGCCCAAGACGGCGCUGAGCGAGAGUGGCGCCCCCAGCAACAGCACCAACAUGCUCUCCCAAAUGAUGUCCAAGAUGAUGUCCAGCAAGCUGCACAAUCCCCUGGUGGGGCAUCCCGCCCUGCCGCAGGGCUUCCCUCCGCUGCUGCAGCACAUGGGCGACAUGUCGCAUGCGGCGGCCAUGUACCAGCAGUUCUUCUUCGAGCAGGAGGCACGCAUGGCCAAGGAGGCGGCCGAGCAGCAGCAGCAACAGCAGCAGCAGCAGCAGCAACAACAGCAGCAACAGCAGCAGCAGGAGCAGCAGCGUCGCUUCGAGCAGGAGCAGCAGGAGCAACGCCGCAAGGAGGUGCAGGAGCAACAGCAGCAGAUCCAGCGCCAGCAGCAGCACUUGCAGCAGCUGCAGCAACAGCAAAUGGAGCAGCAGCAGCAGCAGCAACAUGUGGCCACGGCGCCGAGGCCCCCACAGAUGCACCAUCCGGCACCGGCGAGACUGCCCACGCGACUGGGUGGAGCCGCCGCACACAGCGCCCUCAAGUCCGAGCUGUCGGAGAAAUUCCAGAUGCUGCGCAACAGCAACAACAACUCGAUGAUGCGCAUGUCCGGCACGGACCUCGAGGGCUUGGCGGACGUCCUGAAGUCGGAGAUAACCACCUCGCUGUCGGCGCUUGUGGACACGAUCGUGACGCGGUUCGUCCACCAGCGGAGGCUGUUCAGCAAGCAGGGGGACUCGGUGACAGCCGCCGCCGAGCAGCUCAACAAGGAUCUGCUGCUGGCAUCGCAGAUACUCGACCGCAAGUCGCCGCGCACAAAAGUGGCGGACAGAGGAGGACCCGGAGCCCAGAACGGCCCCACGCCGACCACACAAUCAGGUAAUAAUGGUUCACUACUCCUAGCCCCUAGUCAAAUGCCCCCCCAGCCGCCAAUGCCACCAAUGCCGCCAGCGGUGGUCAGCGUGGCCAAUGCACAGCAGCAGCAGCAGCAGCAACAACAGCAGCAGCAGCAGCAGAACGUGCCACAGCAGCAGCAGCAGCCACCUCAACAGAAUCCCCAGCAGCAGCAGCAACAGCCGCCGAAUGUGCAACAUCUCCAUGCCAUGCCCCCCAAUUGCCAGCAGCUGAUAGCCGCCCCCCGCCUCAAUGGCAACCAGCUGUCGUUUGCCUCCCCAGCCGCUGCUGCGGCGGCAGCGAUGGGUCUGCAGAUGCACCAUGCGGCCGCAGCGGCAGCAAUGUCCGCCCAACAGCAGCAGCAGCAGCAGCACCAACAGCAACAGAAUGUGCAACAGCAGCAGGCGGGGGAGAGUACUAGUACUAACCAGAGCCCGGGGAAUCCGACUAACAACAGUAGCUUAAGUACCCUUAAUAUACCACCUCCUCACAUUCGUCCUUCGCCCACAGCGGCUGCCAUGUUCCAGGCGCCCAAGACGCCGCAGGGCAUGAAUCCGGUGGCCGCCGCCGCGCUCUACAACUCGAUGACCGGACCCUUCUGCCUGCCACCCGAUCCGCAGCAGCAGCAGGCCGCCCAGCAGCAACAGCAGCAGCAGCAACAGAGCUUGCAACAGCAGCAGCAGAGCGCACAGCAGACGCAGCAGCAGCUGGAGCAGAACGAGGCGCUCAGUCUGGUGGUGACGCCCAAGAAGAAGCGCCACAAGGUCACCGAUACGCGCAUCACACCGCGCACCGUCAGCCGCAUCCUGGCCCAGGACGGCGUCGUCCCGCCCAACGGACAGCAGAACUCCACUCCCCUGCAACAGCAGCAACAGCAGCAGCAACAACAGCAGCAGCAGCAGCAGCAGCAGUCGAACGGAGGAGGCAACAGCAAUGCCACGCCCGCCCAGAGCCCGACAGGCAGGAGUCAGAGCGGCGGAGGAGGAGGAGUGGCUGGAGGAGCCUACCAUCAGCAGCCGCCGCCACCACCGCCGCCCAUGAUGCCAGUGUCCUUGCCCACAUCGGUGGCCAUUCCCAAUCCCUCGCUGCACGAGUCCAAGGUCUUCUCGCCCUACAGUCCCUUCUUCAAUCCGCACGCGGGCGGCCAGCCGACAGCCGCCCAGAUGCACCAGCACCAGCACCACCACCAGCACCAGAUGAAGCUCUCCUCCAGUCCGCCCGGCAGCCUCGGCGCGCUGAUGGACUCGCGCGACUCCCCGCCGCUGCCCCAUCCGCCAUCGAUGCUGCAUCCCGCCCUCCUAGCUGCCGCCCAUCACGGCGGAUCGCCCGACUACAAGACCUGCCUGCGGGCCGUCAUGGACGCCCAGGAUCGCCAGUCCGAGUGCAACUCGGCGGACAUGUCAUUCGAUGGCAUGCAGCCUACUUCUUCUACAUUGACACCGAUGCACCUGCGCAAGGCCAAACUGAUGUUCUUCUGGGUGCGCUAUCCGAGCUCCGCGGUGCUCAAGAUGUACUUCCCGGACAUCAAGUUCAACAAGAACAACACAGCACAAUUGGUGAAAUGGUUCUCGAAUUUCCGAGAAUUCUACUACAUACAAAUGGAGAAAUAUGCACGACAAGCUGUCACCGAAGGCAUCAAGACACCCGAUGAUCUGUUGAUUGCUGGAGAUAGUGAAUUGUAUCGCGUGCUCAAUUUGCACUACAAUCGCAAUAAUCACAUUGAGGUACCCCAAAACUUUCGCUUCGUCGUUGAACAGACACUGCGGGAGUUUUUCCGUGCAAUACAGGGUGGCAAAGACACCGAGCAGUCGUGGAAGAAGUCCAUAUACAAGAUAAUAUCGCGCAUGGACGAUCCCGUGCCCGAGUACUUCAAGUCGCCGAAUUUUUUAGAGCAGCUGGAAUAAGUGGAGGAGUUGGCUUUGCCAGCGCUGCCAACAACGCUGCCAAUGCCCCUGGCAAUGCCAAUUCAAAUGCCACCACCAACCACACAUACCACGAUCCCAGCUACUAUGAAUACUACAAUAUCUACAACAACAUCAACAACUACAGCCACAACAUCGAGGGCCGGCAGCAGCAAUCCGAAGGCGAGACGCAGACCAAAGCUAAAAGGCUAAAUCUGCGCAAGAAGUACCACUGGAUAUGACCACCAAACUACCCGAACGAAACAAAAACGAACAAAAACGAAAGAAAAAAACAAAAACCAACAACAAGCACAGAAUAAGUUAGCAAAGAGAGAGAGCUUAGAGAAGCAGCUGAGAAGUUUACACGAGUCAAAACCGCGUUUAGGCCACGAGCAAAUUCUGGGAAGCAGUCUCCCGAGCCGCAAAAUAUUUUUCAAAAAAUUUCCAAUACACCUACACCAACACACCAACACACACACACAGUACAUACACUCAGCGAAAGAGAAGAAGAAAUAAGAAAUGAGAAUAAAAGAAAUGAAGAAGAAGAUAAGAUGCGAGCUUCGAUCGCAUCCAAUGCUAAAACCAAAACUAAAAAACUAAAAAACUGAAAAACAGAAAAACUGAAAACAAAACAUAGAGCAGCAAGUCUUAAUCUAAUGUGAAAUAGUGAAAAUUGAAACCUGAGCCACACCCACACACACACACACGCCGAGCGCGUACUUUGUAGGCAGUGUAAACUGUUGAGAAGCCUGUACUCGCCGUAGCCGUUGGUUUGUUAGAUGAAAUUUUUUUGAAAAUAUUUACAAAACAUUUACGUAUACAGAUAUUUAACAAAAUAGUUGAGCCGUCUAUUGAUCUACCGAAAGUUGACACACAAACAACAUUCCACACACACAAACAAACACACAUUCCACCCACACACACACACAAAUUACACACACACAUCGGUACAAAGUGUGUGUUCAUUUGAGAGCGAAGAGCGCUCUGCGAAAGCGGCCAGCCUGCUUGGCCUACUUGGCAGACCGCUCUUCGGUAAGCAGUUUCCCUGCAGUUGCGGCGUUCACUGCUUGCGCUCUGCUUUACAAAAGCAGGCGCUGCACUGACGCCGAAAGUAUGGGAAUAUAAAGGAAAUCCCCAAUAUAAAGAGGCCCCUCCCCACCCCUCACCCCUCACACACAAUUCUUAACCCUUAAGCAUAUAUUCGAUGUCUAUUAAGCGAAAAACUAAACGAAAACAAAAAUUACCAAAAAAAACAAAGAAAGGUUAAGAAAAAGCAAAAACUAUUUAGAUUUAUAGAAGAUAUAUGCGGACAGCGGGCGUUAGGGUAGAUAAUUGAUAAUUUUAUGGUUUACGUUAUGCGAGAACCCCUUGACCAAAGUUAAUUGUUAACACGAAUCCCUUGAGUGCGGUUUAUUUUUAAUCAAUUCUUUUACUUUAGUGCGCGCCCAUUUCAGCACGCCUCUUAAUUUUUAUGGAUCACCCCACACUCACUCACACCACACACACACACACACACACACACACACACACACUAGUCUGUUAUUUAUGUACAUAAUUUAUGAAUUUAGUUAAGUUAAAGUUUAGUUGAAUUAAUUUACUUUACAUUACAUUACUUGGCCUUGAGUUGCAACAAAAACAAAAUAUACACAAAACACCAAAAAAUUCAAUUAAAAAAUAUGCUUUUUUCUUUAUUGUUAUUCUCCAAAUAUUGUAUGGUUAUAUUAUCCCCACAUUAUACCCGGCUGGCUGGCAGUGAUAAAUGUCCUCGAUCAUGCACUCUCACUCAUCAGCAGCACAGCAGACUCAACAUGGAGAGUGGGCGGGUUAAGAGGGAUAUGUUUGCUCUCUCUUAGUCCUCAUCUUCUGGCGCUAGGAGUGAGCAAACCUUACUGUUGCCACACCAGCGGCAAAACAUCAUCAAUUACAUCAUCGAAUCAUCGAAUGUUAUUACAUUUCAACAUAAAGCAAAUACCAAAAGAAUAUUCCUCAAACGAACGCACGACGAAAGAAGCGAAAAAGUAACCUUUUCGGCCCCAUAUUUGCUACGAGGACUGUCAUCAGCCAGCCAGCCAGCAGUCAGUAAACCAACCUAUAUCGCAGCCCUAUCGCCCCCUGUUGCAGGUUUAGAUUAGAUGGGAACACCGCCAUGAGGCAAGUGAGAGAGAUCGAUGGAGAUCGAGCACCCAGCAAACCUUUCGGCCACACCAUGCAUACGAAAUUAUUGAACAAUAGAUGAAUUUUAGCUAAAACUAAAUUGAAAACGAAUAAACAAGUUUUUAGGCAUAACCAGAGAAGAGUUUCCCCUUCCAGCAAAAGGGGAGCGGAGCGAAAUUUGAUUGCACUUUGGCGUAAUUAUGACAAAAUUAGUCGAGUAUAAGACGGUAGGUUCCUAGUCUGACGGGAGAGAAUUUCCAAUUGAUUAGAAUUGAAAUUAAAAAUUGAAAAUUGAAAUUUGGAUACUUACGAGUAGAAUGAACAAAAACAAAAAUGCAUUUGCAAAAUUAGUGUUUAGGGAAUCGUACAAAAAAAAAAAAACAAAACAAAAGCUAAUCGAACUGCAGUUUAAGUUGAACCCAGCGCAUUAUCCAUUUAUCCAUUGAGUAAUUGAGUUAUACUGAUUUUCCUUAUACAUAUAAAGCCCCCAUCUGAGCAGACAGAAGUCGAAAUUCCAGUCCGGAGAUCGUUCGUUGAUUGUUAAUGCCUUUACGAAAUUUAUGGAGAAGCAACUUCUUUUUGGCAAUGAAGUUGAAGUUUGAUCUAAAUCUAAAUACAAUUGUAACUGAUUUUGUGAUAAAAAAAAAAAACAAACAAGUAACUAACUAAAACAACAUCUAACUAACUAACUAACUAACAAACAAACAAAAAUCGAAGUAACUGCAAUUAUGUUUCGGAUAAAACCCAAUAUGGAGGGUGUCCCCCUCCAUACGAAAUUAUUGAUUGAUUGUAAAAAUAGUUAAUUGAGAAAUGAGAAAAAAUUGAAGCGAAAUUGAGCGACAAAAAAACCCUUUAGGCAAUUUAAGGCGUAUUAACAAUAAACGUUUGGCUAACCAAAAACUUUAGGCAAAAUUUUCUAAUUAAGCAAAAUUCCAAAAACGAAAACGAGAAAUAUCGAGAGCAGAAAGAAAACAGCUUAUUAAAAUCAGAGUUAAUGUUCUGUUGAGUUUCAGUUUGUAUCCGUAUCCAAAUCCGUAUCAGUAUCUGUUUAAGCCCAUCGCUUUCUUUCCUUUCCUUAACCAAGUGGAUGGAUCGAUGGAUCGUAGGAGGUGAAUGAGAAAUGAACCGAAAUACAUACAUACAUACUUGCGUACCACUUACACACACACACUUGAACACUUGAACACUUAAACACAUUGAAUACUUGCGUAUAUAUAAUGCAACAUACAAUACCUACAUAUUUCAUACAUUUAUACAUACUAACAUUAACAUUAACA